CUUCAUUUUCAACGAUAACAUCAAUGACUUCCGAAUGUAUUAAAUGUAUUAUGUCAUGUGAUCUUUGUAUGUCCAGGAAGAUUCUUAUUUUGUCCAAAUAACUUCGUAUACACAAUGUUUUCCUUCUUUCAGAGGAUAUUAGACUGGUUUAAAAGUCUCUUCUGGAAGGAAGAGAUGGAAUUGACUUUAGUUGGUCUCCAAUAUUCCGGAAAAACAACGUUUGUAAAUGUUAUAGCGUCAGGCCAGUUUAGUGAGGACAUGAUUCCAACAGUAGGGUUUAACAUGAGAAAAAUUACCAAGGGAAAUGUUACAAUAAAAUUAUGGGAUAUUGGUGGUCAGCCAAGGUUCAGAACAAUGUGGGAGAGAUAUUGUCGAGGGGUUAAUGCAAUAGUAUAUAUGGUAGAUGCUGCUGACCCCGAUAAGAUAGAACCAUCACGGAAUGAAUUACACCAUUUAUUAGACAAACCACAGCUUCAAGGCAUUCCCGUCUUAGUUCUAGGCAAUAAGAGAGAUUUAGCUGGGGCAUUAGAUGAAAGACAGCUCAUAGAAAGAAUGAACCUCUCAGCGAUUCAAGACAGAGAAAUAUGUUGUUAUUCAAUAUCAUGUAAAGAAAAAGAAAAUAUUGAUAUUACAUUACAGUGGUUGAUACAGCACUCAAAGUCAGGAAGGUAGACAUAGGUCUAAUUUAGUCGGGACUGUGAAGAGUGGAUGAAUGUUUCGUAUGAGGAACAAAUGUGAUAUAUAUAUGAAAUAGCACUAACUUUUAUGAUAAAGUGGAGGUUGCAAAGAAAGAUUUUUAUUGUAUAUUUAUCAGACGAAAUAGUUGACAAUGCAAACACAUAUAUGUUGUAUUGUAUUAAAUUUUGUUAAUUUUUUUGAAACUUUGAAAAUGUUUUAUUUUGUUUAUUGAAUGAUAGAGAAAAAGUUUGUUUGUUGGCUGCAUUUCAAGAAAAUAAAAAAUUGACACCAUUGUUAAAUAUCACAGCAGCAAAACAUCAUUAUACCAGUGAAUAAACAUUCCAAAAGGAAUAACUCAUAUUACAAGGUCAGGUCAAGGUUAAAGAAGGAUAAUAAGUCUUGCAGUCAUAGUUUAAUCAUAUUUACUUACACUAUUUUAAAUAACUGUAAUUAUAAUUACAUGUAUAUGAAUGUAUGGUAAUGGAAAAAAUGUGCUGAAAUUAAACCAUAAACAUGUGUAACCAUUAUGUUUAUUUAUUUUUUGACAAUACACGCAAUUUCACAAACCAUCAUUAAUUCAAAUGAAGAUAUGAUUUGUACAUAUGCUUAAGAUAAAUUUCUUAUAAACUCAAGUAACUUUCCAUUUAGUAAAUUCAAAUUUGCACUAGUAAUAUUUGUAAAUAACAUAAAUUUCUUGUCUUAAAUAUCUGUUUGAAAGAACUUUUUCCUAUAAUGAACAAGCUUUUUCAUAGCACAUCUUCAACAUUUUCCCUGGUGUAUUAAACUUGUUUUAAUCAUUUAAAAUUUGAGUGCUAAAGAGGUAUGAUUGUGCUUCUAUGAAAACAUAAUUUUGGAUGAGUUAUACUAAUACUGUACAGUAAGCGAAAGCAUGAUUUGUGAUGAUAAGAAUGAGUUGAUACUGGCCAAAACUUUUUCUUAGAUAUUUUAUAUAUUUCUAUAUUUUGAUUAUUUUAAUGAGUUAUUUGGUGCAUAAUUAUCGACAGCUAUUUAUUACUUAAAAUACCCUUAGAUGUAGUGUAUACACAUAUAUUAUAUUUAUUUAAAUGUGCUGUGUUCAUAGUGGACAUUUUAUGUAUUUAGGUAAGUGUGGUAAAACAUUGUCCUUUGUCAGAAGUAACUUAACUCUCUAAGGCCAUAAGGUGAAAAUAAAAAAAAUAUAGAAUUUGCCUGCCAGCUCUUGAUAAAUUUUUUUUUUAUGGGAAUCUAGGAUUUUUGUUUAUUAUGGAGUACCAUGCCAGAUAUCAAAGAUAAGAUACACUUCAUAAUUACUGUAAGUGAAGUAAAGGCACUUGCAUCAAUUUUGAGCAAAUUAGCUAUUUGUUAUGGUACACUUGUAUUACGUCAUAUUUGUCAGAUAUUCUGAUAUUAAAUUUUUGAUUGGCAUUAAAUCUCCAUGUUAAUGUUAAAUGUUCAGCCCCCUAGUUACUAUGCUUGUGACAUAGCUUUUAUGUGGCAUAACAUCUUCAUAAACCAUCUAGGGCAUUAGAAAGAUGUGUCUUAAAAUAACAUUUAUGUAUUGAUAGUGUAAAACCUGUUUAAAUAUACAAAUCGAUAAAAUUUUAUUUACAAAAUGUUAGUAAAUAUUAAGCUGGUUUCAUCCUGAAUAAGAUGUUAUGUUUCCCUCUAUCCAACCAUCUGAUGAGGCUGAUUAUAUAGGUUUUUGGUCAAAAACUACUGGUGCAUACCAUUUCACACUGUUACUGAAAAUCAUGUUUUUUCUUAUAAGUCAAGUUUUGAACAUCAGUUUUUAAUGCCUAUAAAAAUGACCUCAUUUAUAUUAUUUAGUAUUUAUAUAAAUGAUUCUUAUUUACUAGUAAAAAAAAAAAAACUGAGUCAAAAUUAUAAAUAUUAUAGACUUCUCAUAUAAAAACAAAUCAUCAAAAAUAAUCUUUAUUGAUCUAUUUAUUAACUGAUGUAAUGAAAAUAAAAUUUAAUUGAAUAUUUGUAAUAUUUAAAAGACCUAAAAAAUUGCACUUUUAAAAUAUCUAUAUACCGGUAUAUCAUUUUAAUUGAAAAUUUAAGUGAGUUUGUAUGACUUCAUUUUGUAAGCUUAUUAAGGACCUGUUUACACCUACUCUUCUUUAUAAAAUAAGUACUUAAAAUACAUAAUAUAAUUAAUACUUGAAUGAGUUAAAAUUUCAUCAGAAUACAGGAUAGAGUACUUAUAACUGUAAAUAGUAAACAUACCAGUCCUUGAACUUAAUCCCCAAUACUUGUAUUUAAAAAUCAUUUCUAUAUAUCCACUUACAUUACCUCAUUUUAUGCACAAUAUUCACAUCCAAUUGUACACUUUGAUUUUUUAGAAAGUGACAGAAAAUGUAUGUAAGCCUCAACUUUUCUGACAUUUAAAAAAAAAAUAAACAUCUAAUAACCAAAUAAUUAUAUAUGAUUGGAAAGAACAGAAACAUGCCUUGUUCCCUAUCAUAGGAAACACAUGUGUACAACCUAUUUCCAAAAAAAACAACACAUGCCUACAAAGGACAACUUACCUCUUUUCAAACAUACUUUGUUUUUGUCCUUACAGAAUCACCUGUUGUCUGUUAAUUAAGAGAUAAGUUAUAUACUAUUUAAUUUAAGUACUAUUAUUUUAUGUUAAUACUCAAAUUUACAGCUUGAAUUGUGUUAUGUAUGUGUGAUUGAUUGUCAUGUUGUGUGUCAUGUGAUGUCAGAAUGGAUCAACAUUUUGAAACUUCUCCAUAUUUGGGUAAACAUAUGAUCAAAGUUAGUGUUGAUGUAGAUUUCUAUCAAUUAUAAAUGUUGUCAAUAUCAGGGGAGAUAAUCAUUGCUGCUUCAUUCUUCCCACCACAUUAUUUUAGUACAACAAUUGAAAUAAAGUGUAAUGAAUGAA